AAGAAAUUAGUAGGACCAUUGUUUGAGAAACAGGUCUGGUAUACUUUCCCUAAUUAAAAUGGAAUAUCAGCAGUCCUCAUUCACUCCAAUGCCCUCAAUUCAGCUGAUCCGCAAACCAAAUGUCUCUUAAAUUCCACUUGCCUCAUCUCCACCCGGAAUUACGCCGGCGCCGAUUUCAUCCUGAUGAAUAUUGACGGCAAAGUGCCUCUCUAUUUCUCUCCUUCCCCCGAGCGCUCUUGAUCCCCAUGGCUAUUUCGAGUUUGAGGCGGGUCGCAAAAUGCCUUGUACCAAGUGCUAGGUCUAGGUGUUGUGAGAUAACUCAUUGUCUGCGAACAUCCCCAGUUGGAUUCUGUUAUGGUACCAACAGAUUUUACUCACGCUGCAAUGCUCCCUGUGGAGGGUUUUCAUCACAUAUGUUUCAAGAGAUCAAAUACACAUUAUGGAGGAAUAAGGGGUACAAAAGUGUAGAUUUGUCAUCUGCAAGCUGCAGACUUUCAUACCGUGCCCAAAUUGCAUGGAGACGGCUUUUCGAAACAUAUUCCUAUAAUGGACCAAUGUUGCCACCCAUUAGUAGGAUAGCACGUGCAGUGAGUCUUGCUAUGUCUCGGUCGAAUCUGGUAGCUCCUGGUAUUCUGGCCUUCAUAAUUGGAGAGUUAAGAUGGAGCGAAAGAAGUUUAGCACAUGCUGAUUGCUUCCCUAUAAAAGACUCUCUCUACAUGCAUGCACAAGGUGGGCAUGUUUAUGCAACUUCAUUUAUAUUUUCUCUUUUAGAGGGACUGGUACUGUUUCUGAGAGCCAUAUACUUGGCAAUAUUGUUUUCUCCUUGCAUGGUAAUGGCUCCUUUUGCUGAUUCUCUUGGCAUGGAGUUCAGGAGAUCAUGGCUUCGUAUUGUCCGGGUAACAUUAGAGAAGGCUGGCCCAGCAUUUAUCAAAUGGGGCCAAUGGGCUGCAGCAAGACCUGAUCUGUUCCCAAGUGAUCUAUGCCAAGAGCUUGCUGAACUUCACAGCAAAGCACCAGCACAUAGCUUUGCAUACACGAAAAAUGCUGUCGAGAAGGCAUUUGGCCGCAAGCUGACUGAGAUUUUUGAUAAAUUUGAAGAAGAACCUUUGGCAUCUGGCAGUGUAGCUCAAGUUCAUCAAGCUACUUUGAAAUUCAGAUAUCCUCGACAGCAGGUUAAGCCUAUGCUCGUUGCUGUAAAAGUUAGACAUCCAGGUGUUGGUGAAGUAAUCCAAAGAGACUUUGUAUUGAUUAAUUUAUUUGCAAAAGCUUCAAAGUUCAUCCCUACAUUGAGAUGGUUGAGACUAGAUGAAAGCAUUCAACAAUUUGCUGUUUUCAUGAUGUCUCAAGUUGAUCUUGCCAGGGAGGCUGCCAAUUUGAGUCGAUUUAUCUACAACUUUCGUCACUGGAAGGACGUCUCUUUCCCAAAACCUCUUUAUCCUCUGGUACAUCCAGCUGUUUUGGUGGAAACUUACGAACAUGGAGAAAGUAUCCUACAUUAUGUUGACAAGCUUGAAGGACAAGCACACAUUAAAACCGCCCUUGCUCAUAUUGGAACUCAUGCGCUCCUAAAGAUGCUCUUGGUAGACAAUUUCAUCCAUGCAGACAUGCAUCCUGGAAACAUUCUUGUCCGGGAAUUGCCAAGCAUACUUUCAGCAAAAUCUUUGUUUAAACCAAGACCUCAUGUUAUAUUCCUUGAUGUAGGCAUGACUGCUGAACUUUCUAAAAAGGACAGAGACAAUUUAGUGGAUUUCUUCAAGGCUGUGGCACUUCGUGAUGGUCGCUGUGCUGCUGAGUGCACUCUGAAGUUAUCUAACAAACAGAGCUGCCCAUAUCCAGAGGCAUUUAUCAAGGAAGUGGACAAUACUUUCAAAUUCUGGGGCUCGGAUGAAGGUGAUUUCCUUCAUCCAGCUGAUUGCAUGCAACUCAUGCUCGAACAAGUUAGGCGUCACAAAGUCAAUAUCGAUGGCCAUAUUUGUACUGUGAUUGUAACCACCAUGGUGUUGGAGGGUUGGCAGCAGAAACUUGACCCAGCGUAUGAUUCCUUACAAGCUUUGCAAGCAUUGCUUUUCAAAGUCGAUUUGGUGGAUUCUCUCGCCUAUACAAUCGGAGGAGUAAUGGCCCCAUAAGCUGCCUCAUCAACAUGAAACAAAUUUAACGACAUUACUUCUUCGGGAGGUACACUAAUUUCGACAUUACUGACUUAUUAAUGGAUACUGAGAGGAACUAAUUCCUAAAACCAAAUUUUGUUUCGACGCUCUGUAUUACCAGGUGAUAUGUUGCUGUGUUUUCUUAGUAGGAAAAAUGGCUGUAGUUGUAGGUGCCUAUAGACAGAUAAAAUAGUACCAAUGCUUCUUGGGAUUGAAUGUUGUCAUUUGAGUUAGACAGCAUUUUUGAGUGCGAGGAAUAUCGGAAACAAACAAAUCAAAUAAACAUACCUCAGAAGUUAGAAUGUGAAUCUGGGGUGGGGUGUUCCAACUGCUUUAAGAAUUAAAAACAUUAUUAAGUGCAGCGUCAAUGAAACGACAUCCGGAGAGGAAUGACGAUGUCAUCAACGCUGCACUCAAUGAGGUUUUUAACCCCUCAAAUCUUGUUUGGUGCAUUGGAUUCAGUUCUAAAAUGUUAAUAUAGUGCUUUGACAGAGUACUAUUGUUGUAUCAACAUUGUACAUUUGUACUAUUCUUAUUGCUGCAUUGCAUACAGUUGAUGGAUUUGUUGUACUAAAA